AAAACUCAAUGGUAACAAUCUGACAACAUUGAAGGAGGGUACGUUUCAUGGACUUAAAGCACUGAAGCAAUUAGAUCUUGCAAAUAACCCAUGGGAGUGUGAUUGCAACCUUUAUUGGUUUAUCAGUUGGAUGCACAACUUUUCUGUUAAAAUGAGUCCUUCUACAAAGUGUGCUUUACCACUAGGACUGAAAGGUCAGCCGCUAAAAAAGUUGAAACUUUCUGAAGAUUUGCAAUGUCAAUGGUCAAUUCCUGUCGUUGAGAUUAAACCAGAUCAAAGUCAGGUUGUAUUUGCUGGUGAUUCAAUAACGUUAAAAUGUAGAGCACCGAGCAUCAUUGAAGAUAGACGUGCUAAAUUGAACUGGUUGUGGAAUCCCAAUGCUACUGCUGAAACGUUAGCUUUGGAUGCAUAUACGGAUCCACAAAACAAGCUGCCCAAUGUCAUAAUCGAGAAUAGAUAUCUAUCUGAUAGUGGUAUCGUAGACAGUUCUUUACAGAUUGCGCAUGUUCAAGAAGAACAUGGUGGGCGAUGGAACUGCUUAUUAGUUUCAACUCAUGGAAAUGGCUCAAGAGCAAUCGGUGUCAUUGUCAUUUCGGAUGACACUCGCUAUUGUCCUUUGACAGUAACCAGAAAUAACAAAGGAAUUUAUUCCUGGCCUCGAACGGUAGUUGGGUGGAAGGUAGAACUACCUUGCGAAGGCAGUCGGUUAUCUGGUCUGAUGAUGCAAACACCACUGCGAGCUUCGUAUCAAUGUAACGGCAUGGGUCAGUGGGAAGAUCUUAACACUGAAUCCUGUCCUUAUGUCUCUCAUACAACAAAAGUCCUAGAACAAUUCUCAAAAGUUAACCUUUCGCUGACUAAAGGAAAUUUACUAGAAACUACAAAGAAAUUUAAAAAUUAUACUAGUGAUGGAAGCAAACUCACCGACCCCAUUGAAAUACACUUUAUAACGCAAACAAUUGAGAAUUAUUUGCGUUUUCUCGGUGAAGAAAAAGAACUUGGUACAAUAUUGGUAGAUGUAAUUAGUUCAGUAAUGAACCUUCCAAAAGAAAUACUGAAAAUGGCAGAAGUUGGAUAUGAUUCUUGUACGAGAUUGAUUAGAGCAGUGGAGACAAUAACGGAACUAACACCUAUGAUUCAAUCGCAUAAAAAGAACAUGGCAUUAGAAAAAUUUAGAGUAAGACGAGAGAACUUUAAAGGUUUGACUUGCACUUGGUAUAGUACUACGGUAUCAAGUUCGGAUUCUGAAACAUCAAGGACAUUGCAUUGCGCAACUAAUAAUAGAACUACACCAGUUAAUACGAAGGAUAAAACAAUUGAAGCGUCAAUUCAACUACCAGCUUCGUUGUUGACACAUCUUGAAGGAUUUGUUGUGACUCAUAACCUCGUGAUCUCUAUGUAUCGUGACAGUGGACUGUUCCCCAACGUGCUGCCUGAUAGUAAAAUGGAUGUGACAUCGUCCGUCAUUGGUACCAAACUUAAUGGUACAGCAAUCGGUAAUUUGCUCGAACCCGUAUAUGUGAUGUUGAAGGCUCCGUUGUAUCAUUAUACAGGAAGUAGACCAAGGCCAGUGGUCUGGGAUUCUACAACUAAUGGAACAAGCGGAUGGAGUAACGAAGGGUGCCAACUUUCUGACUUGGUGAAUAAUUUGAUAAUAUUUCGUUGCAACAGAUUAGGAUACUACGGAUUGCUGCAAGAUACUUCAUACAUUAGUCGAAAGGAAGGAAGUUUAACCGGAGCCAAGUUCAGAUACUCUAACCCGGCAAUAUACAUUGGGAGCAUCGUGGCCAUAACGUGUUUGGCAUUGACGUCAGUAACGUAUGCCAUCUGUUACGCAUCCAUCGUGAUGCCGAAAAGAGCAAAGCAUUGCGUGGUGAACACAUGGGUCGCUAUAGCGCUGCUAUGUUUCCUAUACAGCAUCGGCAUUCACCAGACAGAAAACAUAUCUCUCUGCCAAGGCGUCGGUUUGGUGCUACAUUAUCUGUCUCUUUGCUGUUUACUCUGGAUGGCUGUAUCCGCGAGUAACAUGUAUGGACGGCUGUCCAAGUCCGACAUCGAUACCAUGCCGGACGAAGAACUCGCGGACCAACCGAUCCAGAAGCCUUUGCUGGGUCUCUACUUGGUUGGGUGGGGUAUCGCCUUGAUAAUAUGCGGUAUUUCCGGGGCUAUUAAUCUUCGCGAGUACGCCGGAUACUCGUACUGCUUUCUGAGCUCUGGCCCGGCCCUCGCAGCGCUCUUCGUUCCAGCGGUAAUCCUCAUCGUAUAUCUCACAGUCUUUCAUCUAUUAAUUAGAUGCGCCAUUCGAAGUACGGACUUAAAUGCUCGUCUUUCCGAAGGCACUCAGGCCACCGAGAAUGUGGACCUGGAACUAUUAGAACCUAAUGUUACUUCAGCUCCUGACGGAGCCAGCAUACGUACAAGUAGAACUGUAUCCUCCGAGGUCGAAGACCUCGAACAUUCGCAGAUAACUCAACUGAAAGGUCAAAUUAUAAUCUUGAUAUUGUAUCUGAUAGCGUGGUCUUCAGGUGCCAUGGUCAUUGCGAAACCUUUUAGUACAUACUUUCUUCACGAGGAGACUGCCUUUUCAAUUUUAUAUGCUGUUUCUACCGGCACCCUGGGACUUUUUAUUUUCUUUUUUUACGGGAUAGCCCGUAGUGACGUAAGGUACCAAUGGUUGAGAAUGCGCUGCUGGUUGCGAAGGAAGAAAAGCAGAUGCUGCAGAACAAGAAGUGUCUCGGAUGCUAAUCCACCCGUCUCAGCGCAGCCUUUAGUACAAAAUAUUCCAACAUUGACAUCUAAUCAACUGAUUCAGGCCACACCAUCGGGCUUGACUGGUGCCACUGAUUCUAACUCUUUGAGUUCAUCACGGCGGACAAACAUCACUAGAGGAUGUGAUAUAACCUUAAAAGUGGCUUCUGAUCUCAAUUCUACGGACAGCACCAAAGCCGCUAACGUAAAUCUUGUCGUACUUCAUCGAAGACAAUACAGAUGUAAUAACUCUGUUACCACGUAUGCAGAACCCACGCCGGCUUGUGUCGAUAUGUUCUACAAUCCAAGACAAAGUGGAGUAGCCAGAAAGUUUUUUAAGAAACAAAGGCGUCAUACGAAAAACAAUAACAGCAGUAAUAAUAAUAACAAUAAUAGCGGUAAUUUGGGGCCUAGAAAGCAGGGAGAUGGAGGCGCCACGAGUGACGGCGGCAGUUGUGUAUCUAUUCCGCGACCUGUUAAAUUUAGAACUGAAACCGGUCGUAGUAUCUUUGGAGGCAGUGGCGCUAAGGUUAAUAACACCAACAUUCACGUGGAACCAAAGCCUUUAAUGAACGAUUUAAAAAAUGUCAACAUUUUGUCAGAUAGUGGCGGUAGUGUUUCCGAUAAUAGGAAUGCCCCAAUGCGGUUUGUUAUUGGGCGAGAGAGCGCAGGUAAGAGCACUAAAAGAGCUAGGAUUAAUGACAGGCUGCAAACCAAAUGCGAGAAACCAGUAGAUAGUAGGAUGCCUUCGUCCAGAGAAGCUUUCAAGCAACGGGAUAAACAAUGUAAAAGAUAUGUACCUGCUAAUACAUAUGAAUCUGAUGUAACUGAAGUGAAGACUGAUGAGGAUGAAAAGUAUCUCCGCAAUGUUUCCCAGCAAUGUAGUUUAGAAUAUAGUUCAGAGAUGGAAUCAGUGCAAAUGACGAGUGAACGGAGUGAUCGUGAAUUUCAUGAAGUUGACAGAGAGUUUGAAAAGGAACAAGCAUAUAGUAAUCUAGAAACAACCGUUGAUCUUGCCGCAGCAAAUGAGGGUCUCAGGAGAGAAUGCGAUAGACUAGACCGGUCUAGUAGCCUAUAUUGCUUGCCCAUACAUCGACCUGAUCCUCCUAGAAGUUAUAGAGGGUCGCUUAAUGACGUUGCCUCUUUGGCAAGUUCCAAGAAUUGUAGCAACUUUAAAGUGUCUCUUACCGAUAUACGAAGUAUGGCUGGUUCCUUUCCAAGUCAAAGAACUUCGGAUUUCCGGAAGUCUACAAUCGGAUCGGAGAGAUCACUUACUGAAAUUGGCAGCUUUUUUGGGGAUAGUACAUAUGAGCUCGUAAUUUCCAGGCAAACUGUCAAAGACAUUAAAGAUGAGUGUAGAUCUACCGAUAGUACCAAGUUAGACAGCCCUUCUAGUGAUUGCCCUGUCAAAGAAUCCGAGCCAUUACUUAAUUUAACCGCCUUGACAGCGGUUAACGGCUCGUUAACUCUGGAUCGACAUGUUGGCAUAAAUUCAAACAUAGAGAUAGUUUACGAAGAUACAAGCUUCAGUAAUGUUCAUGCUUAUACAGAGGGCGUCCUUAUCGACGAUGACAUGUAUUUGGAGAACACGGCAUCGCCACAUGUUGCUAAGAAAGAAACCAGCGUAUGAUUCAUGCGAAAAUUUGACGAAUAAUUUAUUUAUGAAGACUUAAUUGUUGACAAGUAAGAGUAACGCUAUAACAUUUUACAGAUAAUCCAAGAGAUUUUGAACGACAGCAACAAAAUCUGAAUAUUAAGUCCGUGUCGCCCAGCAUGAUUUAUAAUGAAACGCUUAAAUGUUAAUGCUCCCGAAUUGAUUAUGAAUCUCGAAUGUCAAAAUAAAGUUACAAAUUAUUAUUGUAGGUCAUGUCACGUAUUAUUACUAUUUCAUAGUAGUCACAUUGUUGAAAAAAAGAGUGAGUUUCAGUGAAGCACUACGUACCUUUUAUUGUAAAUACAUUAAACUUAGGUAGGAAAAGGGUCAAAUAUUUAUGUGAAAAUCUCUCUUCAUUAGUGCGAUUUCAAUCAUGCUGAGUUCCCUUUCACUUCGUUUUCAUUUUUCAAUUAUACUUUAUGCAAUUAUAUACUUUUUCAAGCAUUAACAUUUUAUUUUAGAAGUGUAAUGUACCGUAAACAAGGUGCCCAUUGUGGUUGUUUGUUAAUGUCCUUUAAUUUUAAAUGUCAGAGUAUUCGAUAUCAUACUAGCAUUAAGGAACCAGGAAUAAUCAUUUUGUAUUUCAUCUUUUAUAAAUUAUUUAUUUUAUGAUACUUUAAUCUAGAAUUUAUAUUUGAUCAUACAUAUACCAAUUCAUGAUAGCAGCCUUUACUUAGAAUGAACUUAUUUUCAUGCUGUAAAUAUAUAACUUUGAUUGUGGGGUUUUUUUUUGGAGACUCUAUCAGAAUGGUUUCGUUUGAUGAAGAACUAAUUCCCUUAUAAUAGUAUUUCGUUUAUGUAACAUGAAAUAGUACUAAAGUGAUUUGUUCUCUUACUUUCCAAAUUUGAAGAAAUUUCUUAUGGAGGAUAUGUACUGGUUCAUCGAUAUUAUGGGGUUAUUAUCGUUUAGAAAUUUCAAAAAUUCAAUUUUUUUUGCAUUUUCUUAUAGUCUGGGGUUCUUAGAAUGUGUCUCGAAAAUAUUAAUUUGAAAUUCGUAGAACUCAAUAUUGUCAUUUUGAAGCUGAGUAACGUGGUUUGUAUGGUCCCGGUAUAAUUGAUUAAAGUGUAAGUUACUCAAAUCAGUUGUUAUCCACCGUACGUGCUAAAUGUAUGGCAAAUUUUAAACGCGUUUUUCUCGAAACAACGUUUUUCAAGCCGGGCGGACGUUUUUCUCAAAAAUUAUUGGGCCGAUUGACUUCGGGUUUUGCACACAUUUCGCCGGAACCUUCACCUAUAGUUCGAACUAGAAUGAUACCGAUAGCUUGAAUAUUUGAGCCCCGCUCUCAUGUUUUAGUUGAAAAUUCUUCAGGAAAAUGAAACCUUAAUUUUCAAACAGCUGCGAUUUCUAUACAAAAUUUCAUACUUACUUAGUUCUAGUUCAGACGAUAACUACAUUCAUAGAGAUUAAAAAAAAAUUUUGUUCUUCUGUUUCGGACGACUAGAAUUGCCGCAACCCGUCCGCCCGAUUGGACAAGCGUCCCCCGCAACGACCUGCGUAACAGCGCAUAACUUGCAUAGAUUUCAAUAAAGAAUUUCAUAAAAAUUUGUAUUGCUAGCUGAAACAUGUCUUAAUAUGCGGCAAAAACCCCGGCACUGUAGGUUUGAUAGUUAUCGCAAAAUGAAUUCCUAAAAAUUACUUAAAAAACAAACUUCUACACGAUAAUACCCCCUUAAAUGACAUAGGUUUAUUCUUUUUCAGAUCGUGUCAUAUUUCAAGUUUCAUAGAUAAGAGAGAAAAUUAACAGUUCAUAUCUCGGCAACAUUUUUGGCCGUAGCAAUUAAGUUUAUAAAAGUAAUAAUCUUAUUUUCUAAAUAAUCUUUGCAUAAUUUGGAGGAUUGCAAGAGAAUGCUGGCUUGUU